AUGCUCCGUAACGGGAGCGUUCGCCAUGCAUGCCGAUGCUGGCGGAUGUUCCGAGCACGUCGAUAUUCGUCAAAUCCAGUGGCAAACCAGAACGGCUUUUUGAGGCAGCGUUUAGAACAAUGGGUUGACGCUUAUGAGGAGUUUAUUGGAAUAAAAGCGGUUCGAUUAGCGCAGGAGGAGGUCAUGAAGUGGGAGCAGAAACUGAGCGAAGCUCAAAUGCUUCGACGCGAGAAGCAAGCUGAAAUAAACGAGAUACAAUCGCGACUCAAAGAGAUCCAUUUCGAUUUGGAUCGCACCAGUCGUGGCGAGGAUAAGUACCUGCAGCUGCUCACCGAAGAGCACCAGAUCAUCAAAAGGGAGCGCGAGCUGCUCAGUUCGUUUCAAGGCGUCGAGACUGCGGAACGCGAGGCGUUUCAUCAACUGUCGAAUCGCGUGCGCGCCAGCCAUGAGCGCGAACGCGAGCGUGGCGAAAAAACGAAAUGGUGGGGAGUUAGCGCUUCCCUAAUUGGAGCUCUUCUCGGUAUCCUCGGAACAUCGAUAGGCAAUGAGCUUCGCAUGCGCCGUUUGAAGGAAAUGCUACCCGUCGGCGGCGCGCAAAUGAGCGAAAUGGCGAAAGUGAUCAACGAGCAGAAUCAAAAGGUGACCACAUUUUUGUCAGAAAUGCGCAGAACGUUGAAACCAGAUGGGAAACCAACAAACGGCGCUACCGAUGUUAGUCAAGUCAGUGACAUCAGCAAGCUCGUCGAAGUCAUCAAAGAAGAAAAUAAGCGACUUUCUCAGGAGAUGAAGGAAUUGUCGAGGUUGGCGAAACUUGAAGCCGCGCUCGACGCCGAUCCGACGGCUGUGGUGUACGUUGGCAGCGAUAUGGAGCGUCUUCUGGAUCAGACCGAGAAGAAUCUCGAAUCGAAAAUGAAACUGCGCACUCUAUUGACGGUCGUGUGCAUUUAUACUGCAGUCGCCGUCACUGCGCCAUGGAUUUAUGCGGUUUUCAAAGGCGGAUGA